AUGAGAAAAAAUAAGUCAGAAAUCAACGCAAAUCGUUUCAAGUCUCAACAUUUUCCAUUCGAAUAUAUACCAGUUGAUGAUUUGCAUUAUUAUCGUAGACGGAAGCCAUGUAAUUGUAGCAAGAGUGCACUUUCAAGGAUAUUCUGGAUUUUAAUUGAUCAUUGCUUUCCCUUCUCAUUUUUCUCCCAAUUACUCACAGAUUUAUUCCAAAGUCAUAUUUCAUUGUCCAGCAAGCCUGAAAGGUCUUCCACAUUCAACACUGAAUAUAAGCAAAAUUUUUAUGAGAAACCGUGCUUUGGACGACUUGCUCCAGUUAAACGACCACCAAACUUAAAAGUUGAUGCAUAUCCGUUUUUAACUGGAACAGCUUACAAAUCCGAGCCAAAUCUCUACAAUUAUCAAACCGAAUAUGAAACGAAUUUCCCCAUACGCUCUGUUUCACCCCGUCUAGUUAUGGACAUUUUUUCUGAACAAAAAUCUCAAUACAAACCUUAUUCCGAAGAGAUUAUUAGUCGAGCUCGACCGCCUAUGGUUAAGAAACCCAACAAUCUUUAUUUAACUGGUGAAAUUGAGCUUUUUCCCGAGUACAAGUCAUCAUAUGUGCCUUACACAUUAGACAGCAUUUACAAAUAUAACCAACCGCUUUGCACUCAUUUAAAGCGUGAAAAGAAAGUCAAGAAAACUAAAUCACCACCUAAGAAUAUUUCACCGCCUCCACCUCCACAAGAAGACGACAUGGACGAACAUUAUAAACCGAUUGAAGCAAAAAUACUUAACAACAAUUAUGGCGUUCCAUGCAUGAAUCGAUACCAUCAAAAGUUGGAUUCUGAAAAUGAUUACAUGCCAGAAUAUCGUCGUCAAUAUAAACCUGUCGUCGGUAAAAGAAGUUCUUUAAUUCCACAGCCAAGUAACUUGACAAAAUUUGAUGACGACGAUGAUUUCUAUGGUGCAUCUGAAUACACAAAUCGCUACAAAUCUUACGAUCAUUUCACAAAAAGUGCACCGAUUAAGAAGCAAGACAAUUUGCAUGUUGUAGGAUUCAACGACAUGCGACCAGAGUAUAAAGAACGUUACAAAGAAGUUGAUAUGAAUACAUUUGAGCGACGUUAUCCUUAUCGACAUCAAGAUAAUUUACAUUCAGAAGGUGAAUUUGGUCGUCAAAUGCCUGAGUAUUAUGAAAAGUAUAAAAAUCAUCAAAAUGCAUUUCCGGAGAAAGCGAAACCUCGUCAAGAUUUUCUUGCAUUGAACGGUGAAAUGCAAUAUUCACCAGAAUAUCGUAAGAAUUAUGUUGGAUUUCCACGACAAAGACCGAUUGUCAAACGACCACCUACCAACAUUCGAAUGCCGUCUUCCCAUGACAGAGAUCGAAAGCCUGAUAAACUUGAUUUACCAAUAACUUUGUCGUACCACGAAACUGGGUCACCGAGACCAGUAAGAACGAACAGUCAAGAAGAAGAAUUUCCCAUCGAAAAACGUCCUGAAUAUCGACGUGCAAUGCACAACUAUUUGAUUAAAGAAAGAUCACCAUCACGAUCUGUAAGUCCAAUGCCGAUUGAGAAGAAGCAAACGACACCAAAAGAUCCGAACGAUGUGAGUCAAAUUCUGAUGGAUAAUAAAGUGAACGUUCCUGAAGAGAAAAUCUUUGAUGACAACAAUGAAGUGAUUGUUGAGCCUUUAAAGAAGCCUUCGAAUUUCAAGAUUCCAACACGGUCACCAUCACGUCAUGCUGAAGGCAGAGGACCUUCAUAUCCCUUACAAAAAGAUCAUCGCUUUAAUGAACAUGAAUCAAUGGCAGCACAAAAACGAUUGUCAGGUGGACGAAGAAGUAAUCUGAAAGUGACAAUCGAUGAUUACGACUCACAAUAUCGUGAAUCUGUUUCAUUCGAAGAUGAUGAUGAGAGACAAGUGCAAGUCACUCCACCCAGAAAACCAUCAAGUCACAGAAAGUCACCGAAAUUUGGUCGACGUGCUUCAAAUCAAAGUGAAGAUUACAACAUUCGUGGGAGAACGAAUGUCAUUGAAGCGAAUCCAAGAUAUGUACAAGAAAAAAGAAAUGAACUACUUCCAAAUCGCCAUGAACAGCGAGCUUAUUUCCAUAAAUCAAAUCAACAUCAAAUUCCAAUGGCACAGCCACCUGCUGAUAGCUUGGCGAACAAUUACCAACCGAAUUAUGAAAUUAAUAAGCAGAAUAAUUAUCGUCAAAGUCUAAAAGAUGAUAGAACGCCUUUUGUGGUCAUUGAUCAACAAGCUAAAAGCAAUACUGUCAAGCCGAACACCUGGAUGAAGAAGCAAUGGUACGACACGCAAUAA